AUGGAAAUAAUGGUCGAAUAUAAGAAAGGCGAUCACGUCGAAUACCGCCCCAUCGCUAAGGGAUCGGACAACGUCUCUCACUCGACUGGAGAGAUUACAAACGUAACUGAGGAAGGAGGGCAAACCAAGUACACUAUCAGGAACGACAACACCGGCAAAGAAACUACUUACCAGCCGCCGAACAUCGUCGGCAGGACUUAA